CUCCCCACAACCCCCUCCUGUGGUCCUGGACAUAUACAGCGCAACUAACCAUGCUGCGUAUUGUCCAACUGUCAACUUCAGAAGAGGUUGCAGUGAGACAAAGGCAGAGGAGAGAGUGAAAACACAUAAACAGAAACAGUGCCUGCAGAGAGACAGAGGUAACGAGAGAGACUGGGUCAAUAGCAGGGGCAGAGACUAUAUAAGAGAGAAUAAUAGACUGAUUCAAAGACAAAGUGGUGAUUGCAAGAGGGCCAGAGUCAUAUGUUCUUUGGAGAAAAAACAAUCCGAAACCUUGUAUUACAGAAGAAUAACAAGAUACGGGACCAUUUAGCUCCCAUUCUCGGCAAUACUAUUUGGAGUAUACAAUGGAGCUCCUGUGGUGGACUGUGUCCGUGAUGUCAUGCCUGGCUCUACAACAGAUUGACUGUGCUCCAAUAAGUAAGGAGCAAUACAGAUUACCAGCUAGUAUCCUACAAGCCCUGUCUAACAAGGGAACUUUAAUUCUGGAAGUGGCCCUUAAAACAGCUCUGCAGGCUUUGGAGGGGGCAGUUAUUGAGCACAAUCGCCGUCAGCUGGAGUGUAGCGGAUGCGUUCUCUGCCUCUUCCCAGAAUGUAGCAGCCUCAGCGUACAAUGUAGAGGAAAAGACACCGCAGCAGAAAUGGAGCCAACCUGUGAGGAUCUGCUGACUGCAGAAAGUGAAGCUGAUCCAGUGGAAAGGAGCUGGUCUUUGAGCCGACUGUGUGGCUUUUACCAGCGCUUCUGCUCAGAGGUGAACAGCACAUCACAAGCUUGCAUCAAGGCUAUGGCUGGACACUGCCAUCUCAAGCUGCAAGAGUGCAAAUUGGAAAGUGACCUGGACUAUCUCAGUGACUCACCAGAUGAAGGAAGUUUAUUAACCUGUGGACGGACUAUAGCACCUGUCAUUAACAGCACUGGUCCCAAAGGUCGUAUAGUUGGAGGAAGUGUUACCUCACCAGGGUCUUGGCCAUGGUUGGUUAACAUUAGACUCAAUGGUGAGCUUAUGUGUGGAGGAGUCCUGAUAGGAGAUGUGUGGGUCCUUACAGCUGCACAUUGCUUUAAUGGGGAUGUAAAUGAAUUGCAUUGGACAGCUGUUGUUGGAGAAUAUGAUCUCAGCAAGCAGGAAGAUGGAAAAAUGGUCUUUCCAGUGAAAAGAAUUAUAAUUCAUCCUAAGUUUAACCAGAAGACCUUUAACAGUGAUGUAGCCCUAAUAGAGCUGACAAAUAAAGUGAGAACAUCCGAGAGAGCAGUACCUGUGUGUCUGCCUUCGGCACCUGUGGAUCCUGCUCCUGGCACAAACUGCUACAUUGCUGGAUGGGGAUCUCUUUAUGAAGAUGGUCCACCCUCGGAUGUUGUCAUGGAAGCCAGCGUACCUGUCAUGAGUCCGGAGUCCUGCAUGAGGACCCUGGGGAAAGAGAUGUUUACCAGCACCAUGUUCUGUGCAGGCUACCUUACCGGAGGCAUUGACUCUUGCCAGGGAGACUCUGGAGGACCUUUGACCUGCCAGGACCCUUCAUCUAAGCAAUAUGUAUUAUAUGGAAUCACCUCCUGGGGUGAUGGCUGUGGAGAGAAAGGAAAACCAGGAGUAUACACUAGAGUAACAGCCUUCAUUGACUGGAUUGGAAGCCAAAUGAAAAAGUCAAGCCCCACCCUUGAGCCGUCGUGUCUUGAAUUGCGUGCACUGAGUGAUAUUCAGCAAAAUAAUCCAAAGUCAGAAAUCAACUCCGUCUGUUCUUUUUAUAAGCAGUCCUGUCCAGGCCCACUCAACCCAGAGGCUUGCACACGGCUAGCAGAGGAGAAGUGCAGACAGAAACAGAGAAGAUGUGAGCUUCGAUCCUAUCUUCAGAUCCUUCUAAAUUUGCUACGCAAGGCAGAAGACUCUUUGCAGAAAAACAUGGACUUUUUAUUCUUUACUCAGACCAUCCCACAAUUCAUGAAGCAAAUGUACAGUGACAUAUUCCCUUCUAGGGUCCGCAGAGACCUUCCAGAGCAGCAUUCUGCCACGGAGGAGAUGAAUAAGGAUGUACAAUCUGGUUCUCAGGAAUACAACAGGACAGAGACACAGUCUGGAAAUGAUACACACAGAAAACCAAAGAACAUAGUGUUUGAAUCCCUGUUUCCAGAUCUGGGACCUCAGUUAGAAGAUUGGGUUUCUGUUCUUCACAGUAUGGCUCCUGUGAAUUCACUAGAUAACCUGGUGGGCAAAGACAUUUUAGGACUGGAGGAACAACUGCUACUGGAUACAAAUGAUGAUGAAGUGCAAGAGCUGAAAGAAGAGGGAUGGCGAGCCAUUCACAGCCUGAAGUCGCAGCUCAGAAGUGAAGGUGUUCUCAUAGAUGAUCUUUCUGUAUCACAGGGUGCUGCAGCAUCAAAUCUAGAAGAUCUAGUUCCUGAUCAUUCUCGGCUACAGAAAAGGGACCUCACAAACAUCAAUGGAGAAAGAAAGGAUUUCCAAGGUUGCCAACAUGUGGCGGAAGCACUUAGUGAAGUUGAGUCUGUAAAAGAGAAGUACAAGUGGAUCUUGCAAGUACCAGAAAGAGAGCUGUCAAUGAAGUUCCAGGAGAUCCUGGUGGACCUUGGGUCAAAAAAUGGGAAAGGCUUGUAUAGAGCUCGGGUUCGAGUUUGUGUGGCUGGGAAGUCCAUAUCAUUUAUCAGUCUUGUUGGUCUGGAAAACAGUUCUUUUUACCGUACUAUGCCAGGACUCAUUGCUCUCUCAAUGGACACCUUAAAAACUUAAGAAGCUCAGUGUUGCAUCAAAUAACAUGAAAAAGAAAACAAAGAUAUUAUUUGGACAAAGGGUAGUAAAUCCCUUUUGCUUGUUCAUUUAAGGAGCUCAAAGGGAAGGCUGUGGCUACACCUCACCACAGUACACUGUGAUUAGUGCAAGUGAAUAAUAUAUUUGUCAGUUGUCUCUAAUGGCUAAUUUGACAAUGAAGAUGCUGGACCUUUGAACUCUUAACAAAACAAAGAAAUAUUUUAUUUAAUUUUUGAUGGCAAGAAUUAAGCUUUUUUAAUCGUCAAGAUCCAAAAUCGUAUGCCACCCCAUUACUUGUUUCUGUGGUGAACCAAAUUCAAAAAGAAAAGUUAAAUGGAUAUUGAAACAGUAUGAUUAGUAUUUAUAACUGCACUUCAAGGACCAAGCAUGAUUUGUAACACUUAAAAACCAUUGCACUAUGAAUACUUUGGGAUUUUUAUUUUAUGCACUAUGAUUAAAAUGUGACAAUGGAAAAUCUCUGCAGCUCUUUCUACCUUAUUCUCUACACAAGCAUGGAUUGGCUUAUCGAAUUCACUUUUUGAUACAGAAGAACAUAGGAAUGUGCACUUUCCACAAGUACUUCCUGUAUUUCUGAACUGCCUAUCUGCACAUUAAAUGCAAAGUUUCUGAAUGAAUAAUCUGGACAACAACUUAAUUUGUUGCUUGAAACAUUUAUUGAUUAGAAAGAGAUGAUCCUAUUAAACAGUGAUUAAAACAAACCUGUCAUGAAAAAUCAGACCUGCCUGCAGCAACCCCCAUUUAACACCCAUUCAGACAAGCAAAGCUUUGGUGCUUUCUGGUAGUGUUGAAACGUCCUUGUCCCUUUAACCACACAGGAUUUCAGACCCCAUAUGGCACCACCUUAGAGGAAGUAAACCC